AUGGCUUCUCACGUAGUGGUGAUCGACUCGACGGCUCGAAGGGCCACGGUCAAGACUACUCCCGGCAAGAACCUGAGUGAAGUUUUGGAAGAGGCCUGCACGAAGUUGGGGGUCAACGCUGCGCAAUAUGGACUGAAACACAAUAACAAACCUGUCGACCUCUCCAGAUCGAUUCGCCUCUCAGGUCUGUCAUCAGGUGCAAAACUAGAACUGGUCCAACUCUCCAAAUCCGCCGGCGUCGUCUCAAUAGCCCUCCAACUGCCGGAAUCAGAAGCAAGAGGUGUCCCCAAUGCUAGACUUACAGACAAGUUUCCCAGUUCAACGACCUUAUGGCUUGUGCUCAGGAAGUUCGAGGCCGGCGUCGCCGGGGGAGGUGCCACUGGUACUCGGAACUUCACUGCCAGAGGGGUGCCAUCCGUGAGUCAGGGCAGUGCCGGUGCGGGCAGACUGUAUUACGAACAGCCGGUGAUACAGGUGAUGAACAGGGAACUGGCGUCGUUUACAGACUUACAAAAAUCCCUGGCACAACUGGGUCUCAACAGCGGCACAGCUCUGUUGAGGUUGAGUUUCCGGCCUACUGAAACUCCGUUAGAAGAGGCCAUGUCUCAAAUACAGAGUUAUUUCGAUUCGGUCGAGGGACCAGCUGUGCAACCGCCGCGCCAGCGAGAGACUCCGUCCACGGCAGAGCCACCGGCUGCAGCCGAGACACAGCCAGAAUGGAAAGAUGAGAGAACUUCACAACCUCAAGAAGAAACAUCUGCAUCAUUACCCUCACAGCCUGAAACUACAACGUCAUCAACAAGUCGUCCGGUCUCGGUGUUCCGGCCACCAAGCUCAUCUACCCCGUCCGCCGCCCUCAUGUCUCACAAUGAAGCGGACUAUACGCCAACAGUUGAACACGCCCAGGUCCACCAAAAACUGUUACAGCAGAAUUCAAGAAACGUCCGAUUACCGACAGAAGCCGAGCUUGCAGCCCAAGCCGAAGAAGAAGCCGCCAAAUGGGCUGCAGUCAAGGAAGUCGAGAUAAAGGUUCGAUUUCCCGACCAGAGCGCGGUUAGUGCCAGAUUCGUGGCGGCCGAUACGGCAGCAGAUCUAUACAAUUUUGUACGAGAGUGUCUAGAAGAGCAAUACCGAUCAGAGACUUUCAUGCUUCGAAAUCCCGGUAUCAGGGGAAAGAAUGAAGCCAUUCCAGACGACAGCGGGAAGAAACUAAUCAAAGACCUUCAACUCAAAGGGCGAGUUCUAGUCACGUUUCAGUGGGAUGAUCACAAAACGAGCAUUCAAGCGAGAAGCGUAAAGUCGGUUCUGAAGGUGGAGCUGAGGGAGCAGGCUCAAGAAGUGAAAGUGCAGGAUUUGCCGACUGUGGGUGUCGAGGGUGAUGAUGAGCCUGGCAUCAAAGUCAAUGUGGAGACGAAGGAGACAAGUGAAGGGAGCGGCGAGGGUAAGAAGAAGUUGCCGAAAUGGUUGAAGGGCUUGAGCAAGAAAUAG